CUAGAUCUGUUUGAGUUCUUAGAUUUUUUAAUAUGCUUAAUUUUUAUAAUCCAUAUUUAGAAGAAAGAAUGCUUAAAAUAACAAUAACCUUAUGAAAUACACACAUACAGAAAAUGCAUACCAUAUAUCAGGGGGAUCAUCAAAUUGAAUUCUCAUGCUGUCAAUUAACUACCAUUUUCUAUUAUUGAUUGGUGGAUAUUAUAACUAUUGAAAUGGUGAAAAAUAGUAGGAGACAGAGUCAACACAGAUAGUAUUUGGUAUGAAACUCCAGAGACCGUCAAAAGAAUUACUGGUCUGACCUCAAAAACCUCUCAUCCAUAGGUUAGCUUUAUUAAUACAGAAGCCAUUCGUGACAAGAGUUCGUCACCGACAAAUCAUUAACAAUGGCAAAGUCGUCAGUUGCCAUCAUUAUCUCCAUCCUCUGCAUUGCCUUGUCCGGCUUGGCUCAAUGCCAGGAACAACCUGAGUUCCUCGUCAACGGCAAGGUUUACUGUGACACAUGUCGUGUCCAGUUCCCUACCAAGAUCAGCCAGCCCAUCAAAGGUGCUAGGGUGGCUGUGGAAUGCAGAGACCGGGAUAAUGGGACACUGACACACAAUGCCAUCGGAAUGAGCGAUGAAAACGGGGAAUACAAUCUGAGCAUCAAAGGCGAUUUCGAGAAUGAAAUCUGCGAGGUGGUGGUGAUGAAGAGCCCUUUACCAGACUGUGCUGAGGUGAUGGAAGGCUUAAACAGAGCUAGAAUCAGCCUGACCUCAAACAAUGGAUUGCUUGACACUCACCGCUAUGCAAAUCCUCUAGGCUUCAUCACAUCUAAGCCUCUUGCUCAGUGCGCACAAGUGCUUGCCGAGCUAGAUUUAUCCCCCGUCGAUUAAUAUUUUAUUUGUAUCAUCGCCUCAUUCUAAUCAUUAGUCGGGCCUGACAUUUUAAUAAAAUAAAAAUCAUGAUUUAUUAA